AUGUGUAAGGAUCGUAGGAUUUGGCCAUAUGUUUCGUUUAUCAUAACGAUUCGAGUGGCAAUAAUUGCAGCUCUAUCCAGGCUAGGCGUCGGCUUGCCAUUUAUAGUCUUGAGGAAUGCGCGCGACAUACACGAGUAUAUCGCGCUCUCCAGGAGCCUUAAUCUAAAGAGAUACACAAAAUUCAGACCAAUUUUCUACAAUAUUAUCAAUCAAAUCAUCUUGUAUUUUCCGAAUGUUUCUGUAAAGCAUUUGAUGACCAUCUCCAUAUUAUUGGUAGAUAUUCUAGCGGCUCUACUGUUAUAUAGAAUAUCAAAUCACAUUUCUCGUGUUACAAAGGAUGAUGAAAAGAGAAUAGACAUCUCAGAAACUGCCCAGAUCCUAUACAACUAUGGAGGGAAUGCGGAUGGAUACAAAUACUUUCUACUUUGCCUCUCGAUCUACUUGAGUUGGAUAGCCUCGGGAUCAGACAGCAAACCAUCGUUCAAGACACUAGUUGCGGAUCUCGUACUAGUAUUGUUUAUACUAAACUCAUCAUACACGUUCCUGACUGUGGUUAUUCCUAUCGUCUAUCUGAGGGUUUACAAACAAAUACACAUUACUGAUGGAUCAAUCACACGUGAAGAAAUCUUUUCCAUUCUAAAACGAAUCCUUCCAUCCAUUUUCUUUAUAUUCUCAAUGCUCUACCUAUUAAAGUAUUCGGCAUUUCCGCACCUGGAAAAUCCAUAUCGUACUCUGGAUGUCCACCCUUCGGUUGACUACUCAUUCCACUGGUACAUUAACGAAUUGCUUCCCAUCGAAUUUAUCAAGGCUAGUAUAUUCAGGAAUCAUGUGGCAAUCUUCUUGUAUCCGAUUCCUCUGCUAAUUGCACUUCGGAAACGACCCUUUGCAUACUUGAUUAUAAUGUCUUCAAUGGCAAUAAUCUCGCAAAAUGAGCUUACACCCUUAGGGAUCACAAUCAUUUUAAUCCUAUUAUCCAUUCAGUAUCAACUUUUGGAGAAAACACAACCAUUUUCCAAACUGGCCUUGACUAUAAUAGUUUUGAUGUGCAUUUCAAUGUUUUCUUAUACCUCUUGGAUUGGAAGAUAUAUGGCAAACCCGAACUAUUACUUUGGACCGCAAAUUUUGGUCCUAGUACUCAUAUGUAUCAUUAUCGAGGAUUAUACAAAACUCAGUUAUUUCCAGCACAUUUACUGUGACCCACCUUCGACGGCUCUGAACCUCGCGGUAGAGAACAAUUGGGGAGGAUCUGACAGCGAAAAGAAGAAAGACGAUCUAAUUCAACAUGUUAUUAAUUUUUGCAUAUCAAGAAAAGAGGUCUACAGGGAUGAAAUUGAAGACAUCCUAGUCGAUAAACUCGAUGAAUACUUCUUUGUAACCCUGGAAGACGGCAGCGAUGUGGACACUCAAAAUCCAGAUUCUUCCCAAGAAGACGAAAGCGAUUAUGAUGAUACUGAAGAAACUAAAAAACCAGCUCCAAGGGAGAAAAAUAGAGGACGCAAAACCGUUCAAGAAGAAGAUGGAUGGACCAGAGUUAUCUAA